AUGCGGGAUCAAACGGUCUGCUGGACUCUGCUACAUGCAUGGACGGACAGGGAUCUGUUGUCGUGCAUGAAUCGUGCGCACAGCAUCGUGUGUGUAGCACUGCUCGUUUGCAAUCGCACACCGGCCACUCAAAGUGUACCUGACCUGAGGACAGGGACCCCGCUUCGCGAGGAGAGGAGAUCACAAGGUUCAGACUUCAGAUCCGGAAUGGCGUCGAUCUCGAGCCCGCUGCCGGUGGCCUGGUACCCCGCUCUGUCCGUCCUCACGGUCGCCGUCGGCCUCAUGCUCACCGCCUCCUUCUUCAUUUAUGAAGCGACCAUAUCCACGCGCAGCCGAAGCUUAGCCAAGGAGCUCACCACCGCAGCUGUUGCUUCCGUUUUUCUGGGUUUUGGAUCUCUUUUCGUUCUCCUCGCAAGUGGUGUUUAUGUCUGA